AUGCCUGGUCCGUCAUCACCGUUGAUAGAAAAUUACUUGAGGGAAGCGGGUUUUUGGCACGUGGCCACUAUAAGCUGGGGGUGCAAGUUGGACCCGAAACUCACUAGCACGUUAAUAGAAAGGUGGAGACUUGAGAAGCACACAUUCCAUCUUCCAUGCAGAGAGUGUAUUAUCACUUUGGAGGACAUCCAGUUACAAUUAAGAUUGCUGAUGGAUGGGUCAGCACUCACCGGGUUCGUUCAAUCUGCUGAUUGGGGAGCCAUAUGUCAUGAUCUUUUGGGUGCAAUUCUAGAUAAUAUUUAUGGAGGUCGGAUUGAGAUGGGCUGGUUACAAGACAAAUUCUCAGAAUCGGGGAAUGAUUUGACUGAAGUUAAAAGAAUACGAUAUGCUCAGGCAUACAUCCUUGAGAUGAUUGGAGGAUAUCUGAUGCCGAAAUUGUUACGAAACCUUGUACAUCUGAGGUGA